GCGGCCAUUUUGCCGUGAGACAGCAGGGAGCUGGAGUGGUACGAUGUUGCUCUCCGCAGCCCGGUACGCGGCCUCCAGGCCGGGGAUGGAAGAGGAGCUCAACGCGCCCGUGCAGUACCGCUUCUCGCCCUACACCUUUAACGGAGGGACUGUGUUGGCAAUUGCUGGAGAAGACUUUGCUAUUGUUGCCUCUGACACACGACUGAGUGAAGGUUAUGCAAUUCACUGCCGGGACAGUCCAAAAUGCUACAAACUAACAGAUCGAACGGUCAUUGGCUGCGCUGGUUUCCAUGGGGACUGCCUCACCCUUACUAAAAUUAUUGAAGCAAGAUUAAAGAUGUACAAGCAUUCCAAUAACAAGACGAUGACGACUGGGGCUAUUGCAGCAAUGCUGUCAACAAUUCUGUAUUCUCGACGAUUCUUUCCUUACUAUGUUUACAACAUAAUCGGUGGACUUGAUGAAGAAGGCAAGGGAGCAGUAUAUAGCUUUGAUCCAGUGGGCUCAUACCAGAGAGAUACUUACAAAGCGGGUGGAUCAGCAAGUGCUAUGCUGCAGCCCUUGCUUGAUAACCAGAUUGGCUUCAAGAACAUGCAGAAUGUGGAGCACGUGCCUCUGACCCUGGAAAAGGCUUUGCAGCUGGUUAAAGACGUCUUUGUUUCUGCUGCUGAGAGAGAUGUGUACACAGGGGACGCACUUAAGAUUUGCAUUGUCACAAAAGAUGGAAUUAAGGAGGAAAGUGUCCAGUUACGAAAAGACUAAUUCAUUUUGCUUAUAAACCCCUCCCUAAUCUAUGCUGUAUGUUUUACCUGUAUUAUGAAGACGUUUGCCAUAUUAAAUUUUUUCCAAGAAAUUCA